CGCUCAGGUCCCCACCCAACCACGCGGCUGCAGCGAGCGAGCGCGCGAGCCAAAUGGAAGCUCCAACUCCUCUCCCGCUCCAACCCCUCACGACGCAAGCGCCGACUCCCUACCGUGAGACCUCCGCCUCCCGCCCGCCGACGCCGCGCUGGCGAGGAGGAGGUGCCCGUACGAAUACGGGUUCCAGCGGAGUCCCGGGCAUCGGCACCUCCAAGCCCCAACCUCAGCGCUGCAUCCUCCACAUGUUCCCGUACCCUUAGCCCCAGAUACCAGGACGUGAUUUGGUUUGAUUGGACGCAUAAAUUAUUCGUUGGAGGCGAUGAAGGUGGGGAGAAAGGCAGCAGUCAUUUCCCAAAUAACUGUACUGUAAGUGAAACACGAUAGCCCAGCAGGUUCACAAAUUAGCGUUCGUUCAGGGCGAUUCUCUUGGAGAUUCGGUGGAACAUGAUAGAUGUCCCGUCGAGGGCGUAUACUCAUUAGUAUUAUCAUGCUAUAGGUUUAAUUUUGUCGAGCAUCUCUUUCAAGAUUCUCAGAUAAUUCAUGUCCGACAGUCCGAGGAAGCUUGAUGAUGGGGAUAUGUUGUUGUGGAUCAUUGACCAACUUUCCUGCAAGUGCGACCAAGACAGACCAAGUCUUUAAUUGGAAUCAUGCCAUGUCCAUUUAUUCUCCUUGACAACUGACCUGCCACUUUGCAGAGUCAGCUAAAUUGUGCUUCGGCUUACAAUACAAUAGGAUACUUCAUCCAACUGUAACAUAUGUCAUGUGCAAUAUCUUUCUCUCUUUCUUCGUUACUUGGAUGACGGCAAAGAAAUAAUGGUCAGUGGGGAGCCAGCUUGUCCCCUUUUCCUGAUAAUAUUCGACUCACUUGAUACUUCCAUUUGGCGGAUCCUGCGGUGCAGAAGCUGUAGACUGUAUAACAAACGGAGAAUGGUUUUUUCAAUCAUCUGGGGAGUGUCUGUGGAAAAACAAACAAAAAUAGAUCAUCUGGGGCGUGAUGUCAAUAGAACCAAGCCAAACAAGCCGGCAGCCCGGCACUGAAGAAGUUUCAACUCUCCUACGCUUCCAACAUAGUAUAUCUAAGCACACACACUAAGCAUUUAACGGGCAUACUCCAUUAGGACAAGAACAGAGACAUGGCUCAAGUUUUCGGCACCCAAUCUCUGAUUGUUCCUUCCCACCAUGCACUCUUUCUUCUCUGUGCCAUCCUCCUAUUUCUGUCCUCCAACACAAUUAUAUUCACAUCAGCACAGGCUACCAACAGAUCCGAGGAUGACCGCCAAGCCCUUCUCUGCUUCAAAGCUGGUGUCUCAAGGGACACCGACGGUGUUCUCGGAUCGUGGCGCAACGACUCACUCAACUUCUGCAGCUGGCAGGGGGUCACCUGCAGCACCACCCUCCCGGUCCGUGUUGUGUCCAUACAAUUCAGGUCUUCAUGGCUCACAGGAACACUAUCCAGAUGCAUAGCAGCCCUUAGUUCCCUAGUGCAGAUGGACCUUGGGUACAAUGGAUUUUCUGGAAGCGUGCCUGAAGAGAUAGGUGAGCUUGGGAGCCUCCAAACUCUGGAUCUUACGGGAAACAAGUUUGCAGGUAACAUCCCUCUGUCGUUAGGUGCAUCUGCAUCCCUUAGCUAUGUCAACCUCGCAGACAAUUCUCUUAGUGGAGUUAUCCCUGAUUCCUUAUCAAAUAGUUCGUCACUCAGUGUGAUAAUGCUCUCUCGUAACAACUUAUCUGGGGUGAUCCCGGCUAAUCUGUUCACGUCAUCCAAACUUGUCUCUGUUGAUCUCUAUUCGAAUGCUCUCUCAGGGGCAAUCCCACAUUUCCAAAAGAUGGAUGCUCUGCAAAUUUUAAAUCUUGCCGGCAAUUUACUUUCUGGUAAUAUACCAGCAUCUUUGGGAAAUGUUUCAUCCUUGCGUUCCCUCAUGCUAGGACAAAACAACUUAGCAGGACCAAUUCCAGAAACUUUGAGUCAAAUUGCAAGCCUAACAGUGCUAGAUCUAAGUUACAACAGAUUCUCCGGGCAUGUCCCAGCCACACUGUACAACUUGUCAUCACUCACAGUCUUUAACUUAGCCAGCAACAAUUUUAUUGGACAGAUACCUUCUGAAAUUGGCCGCUCGCUUCCGAAUCUCCAAUUAUUGGAAAUGGGAGGCAACAAAUUUCGUGGAUCGAUCCCAGAUUCUUUGACCAACAUGUCAAAUCUCCAACAGCUUGAUCUUUCAAAUAACUUGCUUACUGGUGUGGUGCCAUCUCUAGGAUCCUUGGCAAACUUGAGUCAACUGCUUCUAGGAAAUAAUAAACUCGAAGCCGAUGACUGGGCAUUCCUUGCCUCUCUGACCAACUCCACUCGGCUGUUAAGAUUAUCAGUAGAUGGGAAUAUCCUGAAUGGAAGUUUGCCAAAAGCAGUAGGCAACCUUUCAACAGUGCUCGAUCGGUUAAACUUUGGAAGAAACCAAAUCUCUGGAAACAUACCAGCUGAGAUAGGCAACCUUGUAAGCCUCACUCUGCUUGACAUGGGCCAGAACAUGCUCUCUGGACAAAUUCCCCUGACAGUUUGGAACUUGAGCAACUUGUUUGUCCUGAAACUGUCCAUGAAUAGGUUGUCCGGUAAAAUUCCAUCAACGGUUAGUAAUCUAGCUCAACUCGGAAUGUUUUAUCUUGAUGACAAUGAAUUGUCUGGAAACAUACCAGCAAAUAUAGGAAAAUUCAAAAGGCUGCUUAUGCUGAACUUAUCAGUUAACCGCCUUGAUGGAUUCAUACCAAGAGAACUCCUCAAUAUUUCUUCCCUUUCAUUGGGUUUGGACUUGUCAAACAACAACCUGGCUGGGCCGAUACCACAGGAAGUUGGUAACCUGAUCAAUCUUGGCCUCCUUAAUGUUUCCAACAACAAAUUAUCUGGUGGCCUUUCUUCUGGACUGGGCCAUUGUGUUCAACUACUAUCCCUUCACAUGGAAGGGAACAUGCUUAGUGGGAUUAUUCCUCAGUCUCUCAGUGCAUUGAAGGCCAUACAACAGAUAGAUCUGUCUGAGAAUAAUUUAACUGGUCAAGUUCCACAGUUUUUUGGGAACUUCAGCAGCUUAAAUUAUAUUAAUAUAUCAUACAACAAAUUUGAAGGGCCAAUCCCGACAGGUGGUAUAUUUGGAAGUUCAACUGCAGUAGCCCUGCAAGGCAACACAGGUUUAUGUGAAACAGCUGCUACCAUAUUUGGACUACCCAUUUGCCCCGCCACCUCAGCAACAAAAUGGGAGAUCAGUGCAGGCCUGGUGCUGUUGAUAAUAACUCCACUGAUUGCUAUUGCUUUCUUCUCGUUUUUAUGGAUUGUUGUCACAGUUAUGAAGGGGCCCAAAACUCAACCAUCUGAAAACUUCAAGGAGACGAUGAAGAGGGUAUCAUAUGGUGACAUUCUUAAAACAACCAAUUGGUUCUCUAUGGUCAACCGGAUCGGCUCAAGUUAUACAGCAUCAGUCUACAUUGGUCGGUUUGAGUUCGAAACAGAUCUAGUGGCCAUCAAGGUAUUCCAUCUCAGCGAGCAAGAUUCGAGAAAUAGCUUUUUCACCGAGUGCGAAGUGCUAAAACACACCCGCCAUCGCAAUCUGGUUCAAGCUAUUACCGUGUGCUCAACCGUAGAUUUUGAGGGCGAGGAAUUCAAGGCCAUAGUAUAUGAGUUCAUGGCAAACGGUAGCCUGGACAUGUGGAUACACCCAAGGGUUCACCGAGGCAGCCCAAGGAGGCUACUGAGCUUGGGUCAGCGGAUAAGUAUUGCUGCCGAUGUGGCUUCUGCUCUGGACUAUCUGCACAACCAGCUGACACCUCCUUUGAUUCAUUGUGAUUUGAAGCCGAGCAAUGUUCUGCUGGACUAUGACAUGACCUCACGCAUUGGCGACUUCGGGUCCGCCAAGUUUCUCUCUUCAAGUAGUGGCAGGCCAGAAGGCUUCAUUGGCGUCGGAGGAACAAUCGGAUAUAUCGCUCCUGAAUAUGGGAUGGGAUGCAAAGUCUCGACAGGUGGCGAUGUUUACGGUUUUGGGGUGCUGCUACUGGAGAUGCUCACGGCAAGGCGGCCGACGGACGCCCUAUGCGGCAACGCUCUCAGCCUCCACAAGUAUGUCGACCUAGCCUUCCCCGAGAGGAUCGCCGAGGUUAUAGAUCCCCACAUGCCAUCCGAGGAGGAUGAUGCGGCUGCUUCUGUACGUAUGCAGAACUACAUUAUACCUUUGGUCUGUAUUGGCCUGAUGUGUACCAUGGAAUCGCUGAAAGAUAGACCAGGCAUUCAUGAUGUCUCCGCUAAAAUUGAUGCCAUAAAAGAGGCAUUUGUUGAGACCUUGUGAUCAUGGCAACUAAUGGGUUGGGCAGUAGCUGUUAAAGAUUAUGUAUACAUAAUUGCAUUUUCGGAAGUACAGUGCAGGUACUGCACUACUGUAAUGGUUAUAUACAAAAUUUACAGUAGCUGUACCACUUGUAGAACAAUUCCAACACUUUUUUUUGUAUGUAUCUGGUAAAUAUGCACCACUAUGCUGUGGGCCCGCCAGAUUAAGCGUUGUAAAUCUUUCUCUUUUUAUCUCAGAUUGAAGUGAUAAUUUUUAGCAUUUGGG